AUGGAUCCGCAGCCCGAGGAGCCGGGCGCCGCCGAGCGCGAGGGCUCCGCGGAGGACCCCAUCCCGCUGCUGCUCAGGCUGAGAGCACAGACAAAACAACAACUCUUGGAAUAUAAAUCAAUGCUUGAUGCAAAUGAAGAAAAAACUCCCGAAGAAAUCAUUCCAGAAAAGCAAAUUGAAAAUAAAAUUGAAGACCUAGAAAAUGAAAUCGAAAAGGUGAAAAUUGCUUUUGAAAUGAAAAAGCUUGCAUUGGACAGGAUGCAGCUUUCAACGGCACUUAGAAAAAACCUGGAGGACAGUAACAUUCAGACUAGUGAGCUCAUGGACAACAUGAACCACAUAUUAAAGCUAAAUAAAAUAAUAAUGAAAUUACAGCAGGAAUCUUGGGAUUUGGAGGAAAAAUUGCUUGAUAUUAAAAAGAAGAGAUUUGAAUUAAAACGAGCUUCAGAAAGUAAAUUUUUAGAAAUACAGACUGAAAAGAACAAACAGAAUGAUGAUUUGGCCAAUAUGGAAAAUUCAGACAAGAUGAAGACUUUACAUCAAAAGCUACAGAAGGAGAUACAAAUUACUACAGUUAUUCAACAUGUCUUCCAGAACCUCAUUUUGGGGAGUAAAGUCAAUUGGGCAGAGGAGUCUGCCUUUAAAGAAAUCGUUCUGCAGCUUGAGAAGAAUCUCACCAUGAUCUAA